AAGUUUGCUGAGCUCAAGGAGAAGAUUGACCGUCGUUCUGGCAAGAAACUUGAGGACAACCCCAAGGCUCUCAAAUCAGGAGAUGCUGCCAUUGUUGAGAUGAUCCCUGGCAAGCCCAUGUGUGUGGAGAGCUUCUCUACCUACCCCCCUCUUGGUCGCUUUGCUGUGCGUGACAUGAGGCAGACCGUAGCUGUUGGUGUCAUCAAGAACGUUGAGAAGAAAGUUGGUGGUGCUGGCAAGGUCACAAAGUCUGCACAGAAGGCUGCCAAGACCAAGUGAAAUUCCCUUUAUCACGGUGUUCCAAAGGUUGUGGUAUGUUUUUCCCAACCUCGUGGAAUUUCUCUAAACAUGGGCACUCUACUUAAGGACUGGCUAAUGCUGAUUAAAACCCAUUGGAAAAAUUUUCGCAGGAAAG